AUGCUGAAUCAAACCUCAGUCACUGAAUUUAUCCUUCUGGGAGUGACAGAGAACCAGGAACUGUGGCCUCUUCUCUUUGUGAUUUUCUUCACCAUCUAUCUUGUCAAUGUGGCUGGGAAUGGAGCUAUCCUGAUGAUAGUCAUCUCUGAUCCCAAACUCCAUAUGCCUAUGUAUUUCUUCCUGGGAAACCUAUCAUGUAUAGAUAUCUGCUACUCCACAGUGACACUGCCAAAGAUGCUGGAGAAUCUCCUCUCUACAAACAAAGCAAUUUCUUUUGCAUCCUGCAUGAGCCAGCUUUUUUUCUUUCACUUCCUGGGCAUCACAGAGACCAUGUUGUUGGCUGUGAUGGCCUUUGACCGUUUUGUGGCUAUCUGUAAACCACUUCACUACACUGUUAUCAUGAAUCAUCAGCACUGUGCACAGAUGGCUAGCACAAUCUGGGUCAUUGGAUUUUUCUAUGCUGUGCUACACACAAUAAUGACUUCCAAAUUGAACUUCUGUGGUUCCAACCAUAUCCAUCACUUCUUGUGUGAUAUUAAACCAUUACUGGAGUUGGCUUGUGGGAACACUGAGCUCAACCAGAGGCUGCUCAAUGCUAUCACAGGGGGCAUAGCCCUGGGCUGUUUUUCUCUCACACUUCUCUCCUAUUUCUAUAUUAUCAUGUACCUAUUCUUCAAGACCCGUACUUGCAGCAUG